AUGCCUUCUUUGCGGACAGCAGGCAGGGGUGGCACGGGCAGCGUAGGCAACGAACCCGGAGAGGGAGAGGAUGGUCUCAAAGCAGGUGCACUCGAAGAUCGGUUGAGCACAGCGGCUGCAGUUGGUCUCGCUUGCAUCGUCGCGGCCCGACGACGGCGGGCUGGGAGAGCCGUGCUUCUAGAUUCAAAGAACACACCAUGCGCGCCUGGCGGUGGUGGUGGUGGUGAUGGCCUCAUCGGGCGUGCUACCCUACAUACAUUGACCUUGAGCGGCGGCCAGCGAGAACUGGUCGCCGGAUCCACUGGGCUUUCCAUUGUCCCACAGGACGGGAACGAGGACCAGACCUCAGUGCGCAGGCAGAGAGAGGGACGGCGUCGGUGUCUGGCCUAUGAAUCCGGGACUGACUGCCUCAAUCCCAGGGAAGGGAAUGAUCUCGGGACCGCUGCAGAGGUGAUCGCCGGGCAGAGCAGUUGGGGCAUAAUUGAUCAAUGA